CAAGACAUCUAAACUCUCCCCUGCCUAGAUGUAGCCUGUCUUCAUCUGUUUCCAUACAAUGGCCGGCUUAAGGGUCUCGGAACUAGAUAUUAAAGAAGCCGAUGAUGCUUGGGAGUUUGUAAAGGAAAAGGUCAUUGCCGCACUAUGUGGCCCCCAGAUGGCGCCAGUGCCCUCUCUCCAGGAUGCCAAGCUCUACCAGCCCUUCUGUGCCAUCGUCCAGCGCUACUACCGGGCUGCUGGCUCCCUGAGGAGGACCCGCCGGUUGUUCCCAGUUGGGCCCCUGCAAGAGCUGCUGCAGGAGCAGCACCAGAGCCUGGUGAAGAUGGAGAUACAGCACACAGUCCCCAUCAGCACCAACUUCCACUGGGAGGAGGUGGUAAAUGGCAUCGGCCACGUGCAGGUGACUAUACCCAAUAUGGAAUGGCGGUCAGGCCUGGUCCUCUUGUCCCCUCGCACUAUCCCACUCCGGACUGACCUGCAGUGGUGGAGGUCCGCACAGUGCCUCUAUGUGGUGAGUGAGGUGUACUGCAGUUCAUCACUGAGGCUGGGGGUUCGGAGUGACUGGGAACAAGCGGAGCUGCAGUUUAAGGAGGACACCCCCGUGGCCUUCUCCUGCCUGAGGUUUCCUCUGUCCAGCUCGGGGUUCCUGGGGGCCCCCGUGAUACCAGAAAACGGCCUCCCACACGCUAAGGCACAGUGGGUGAAAACCUUCUGCUCGGAAUACGCCUUUCUCCACUCCAACCUGCCUGUGCAGUCCUCCAGCCUGAAAGCCAGACUCUCGCAGAUUGUAAGUGACUGCCGCCCUUCAUUCUCCUGGCACUCCAAGGGCACCGUCAAAGAUGAGCGGGACAUGGAGGAGCUGCGCUCUGCCUCCAAGCCGCUGCUGUCAGUGUUGGGCGACUCUGAUGAAGACGUGGGCUGAAAUGGGCAGCCACAACGGGCUCCCAGCUGGUCUCGCCAAGGCUGCCUCUUGUCGAAUGCACACCUGCACAGUGACUAAACAACUAAUAAACCAGUGCCCAGUGGGGACUGUUUGGUUGCGUA